ACGUGACAAGAUGCAUCUUUUUAUAAUCCACCUUUUCAUGUUAUUUAUUAAAUUAUCAUCAGGAUAAAGUGAUCUUACGUGGUCCGGUUUAUGUUCAAGUUGACAUUUAUGGACAACUUUCUCAUGCUGUAAUAAAAUUAAUGACAAUUAAAUAUCCAUUAACUCAAGACGAUUUUUUUACGCAUAAUUAUGCAAUACCGGAUUUUUUGACAUGGGUUCAGGUACAAGUUGCAUCAGGUCCAUAAUUACCAGCAGAAAAAUUCAAAAAUUAUCAGACGUCAGCUGAUUACAGUAUCAUCAUAUUUAUUAUCUACAAGUAAUCAUGACAUACAGCUGCUUAGUGGAUUCAGCUGAUAUAUAAUUGCAGCGACUCGAGUAAAGAAGGAAUAAUAAAAGUCAGCUGAUGAAAUUACAAUGUAAAUCAUUAAAUAAAUGUGAAAGAAGAUCGUGAACUUGAGAGUCAAGAGUGAGAGAAAGAGAGGGAGAGAGAAACAAAGACAACAAAAGUUUUUUGUUUGGAUUUGUGUUGACUGUAUACUGUAGUAGUAUUUUAUUAAUAUUUAAUAUCAAGCAUUCAGCUGAACUUUAUCAGCAACAGUCAGUCUUCCGUCAACUCUAGACACGUGUCUUUGGAGACACGAUGGCUCUCGAAGAUGCUGAGGAUUAUCAUCCUGACGACGCAGGUGUCAUACAAUUACCAAUAGAGGUUAUUAUACAUAUAAUGUCAUAUCUAUCAGUAUCUGAUAGAAUGGCUGCUGGUCUAGUGUGUCAUCAAUGGCACGAAGCAUCACUCAGCACUAAAUUUGUUGAUAAACAAGCUGUCAUUAUCAGUAGAGAAGACGAUAAUUUGCAACUUGUUAUGAAUACGUUGCUUAAAUCACAGAGACCUUUUCAUCAUUUUAUAUUUAAACAAGUUGAGAUUAAAAGAAAUUUACCUAUCUGGGAUAAAUUUGGUGGAAUUAUACGCAGUUUAAUAUUGGUCUGCUGUGAUUUAAGUGAAAGAACACUCGUUACAAUACUAAAAUGUUGUAAAAAUUUACGCACAUUGCAUAUUAAUGCUUGUAGAGAAUGUCUGAUGUCAGGAAGAUUAUUGGACGACGAAAAAGACGUUAAAGAAUUAUCAGAUAACUUUAAAUCCUUGAUAGAACUGAGUUUGGCGUCAAAUAGAUAUCUCAGCGACGCGCUUUUCAAUAGAAUUGUUUCAAUAUGUCCCAAUUUACAGUCACUCAGUUUGACAGACUGUCAGCUGUCAUUUCAUUCAGGUGUUUACAAACGUUUUUAUCCAGACAAUAAUUCAAUUGAACAGGCAUCGGAGUCAUUGUUGACGUUUUUCAAUGUUUUGUUGUACAUUAAGAGACAGGCAAAAAUACUUAAGCACGUGAGUUUUGGAUCAACGUUGAUUGACAGCACGGCCUUAAUUAGUCUGGCAGGCGUUGAAGGAUUGAAACUGGAGUCGCUUAGAUUAAGAUCUUGCGAUCAGCUGACUAAUGCAGGAUUACGCAGUUUAAAUAAUCAAAUAAAUCUUAAAGUGUUGGACAUAAGUUUUUGUACCCGAGUUACUGAUCAAAGUUUAAUUUGUAUCUGUCAAAAUUUGCUUAAUCUAGAAAGUCUUAAUAUAAGACGUUGUCGUGCUAUCACAGAUUACGGAGUCUCGCAGUUGCGUUUGUUGAAAAAAUUAAUAGAACUUGAUAUUUCAGAGUGCGAGCAAUUAACGGGCGCGUGUAUUACCCAGGGAUUAUGUUGCUCGGCAAUUAAUGAGUCGAAAUUAACAAGCGGAACGGCGCAGUAUCACGAUCCAGAGAAUUUAAAUGAUAAAUCUGACGCACGUACUGAUGAAUCAGUAAAUGAGACUCGGAAUAUUUUACUAAACAAUUGUUUACAAAUAUUGUCAGCAAAUGCUUUGAAUUUAGAUGAGAAAUCAAUUGAGUGCAUUGCCAAUACGUUUCCAAAAUUAACAUUUCUUGAUAUUGGAUAUUGUUUCAGUGCAGUUAACGACAAAACAAUUCAAAAAGUAUUCAAAGAGCUUACAAUGUUGAGGACACUGAGAAUAAGUCGUUGUGAUAAAGUCAGUGACGCGGGUUUGACUGGAAUGGGCGCGGGUAAUCGUGUUAAUAACGUUGACUCUAAAAUUGAAAAAAUAAUACCGGAACUCACGGGAUCGAGAUUUAAAAUAAGAUUGGGGUCGAGAGCUGAAGAAGAAAUAGUGCGAGAUGCUUAUAGGAAAAGAGAAGUUAUGGAAAUGUGUGAAGAUACAACUAGUCCUUGUGAACUAGAUAUUUUCUCGGGGUUUUCGUUGAUCCGCUUGAGAGGAUUGAGAGAACUUGAUCUUACGGGCUGCAAUAAAGUAACUGAUGUUAGUUUGAAGCAUGCGUUUACAUUUCCUGAGUUACGUGUUCUGGAUUUGAGCAUGUGUCAGCAGAUAACUCAUAUAGGACUUGACUAUCUCACAAAAAAUAAUCAAGCAAUCGAAGAUCUAAAUCUUUCCCAGUGUCACAAUGUCACAGAUAUCGGUAUUUUAUAUGUCGCACAGAGAUUGUACAGAUUAAAACGCCUUCAAAUUCGAGGCUGUUCACAAUUAACAGAUCACAGUCUUGCUGGGAUAAAAUUGUACUGCAAAAAUCUUCAGUAUUUAGAUGCCAGUUUUUGUCGUGGAGUAACAACUAGCGGUAUUGAAAGUCUUUGUUCUCAUUUACAUGUCAAAUUUUCAGAACAACUUGACAGUUUGAGUACCAGAGAUAUUCCAGUACCGCCUUUAAUACGGAGAUAAAUUUAUAUUUUUUAAAUAUUGGCAGUGUUACAUCUCUACUCAAGGGAAGUAGCUACAACUCAACUCAACUCACUCACAACUUUACUCAGCCUCAACUCUACUCAGUUAUAUCUUUACUCAGCUUCAUCUCUACUCACAUAUUUUAGCCUAUUGUAAAAUAGCAAUUCUUUGUGAGUACAGUUGUAGCUGAGUAAAGAUAUAACUGAGUAAAGUUAAACCUGAGUAAAAAAACUGUGAGUAGAGUUGAAGCUGAGUAAAAUUGUUUUUCCUUGAGUAGAGAUGUGUGAGUAGAAUUGUAACACUGCCAAAAUAUUGAGGAAAGUCGAUUCGGAAUAAAAUUCCGUCCUUGUUGAAUGUGCAAUUCUAGUGAAAAAAAAGUAUAUAUAUAUAUAUAUAUAUGAUAAAUAGUAUUUAUUUAUUAAAAACGGUUGA